CUUCAUUAUUUUAUGAAGAAGAAAUACAGUUGGUAAGAAUAUGUCAUGGAGUACACGUUAUAGGUGGAUUUCUUAGCGGUUUUCACGAGCUUACAGCCUCACUGUCAGUGUUAAAAUAGUGAUUUAAUCUUGCCAGAUAAAGAGAAACUUGGCUCAGGAAAGAUAUGGCAACACUAUUACAAAAUUUACUGGAUAGGUACAAUGAUUUACCAGAUUCAUAUGGAGAUCCACGUGUAACUAACUGGACACUCAUGAGAAAUCCACGUUCACUGGUUGUCAUUUUACUUAUUUAUCUCUACUUUGUACUGAAGUUUGGACCAUCUUACAUGAAGAAACGAAAACCAUACAGCCUUAAGACCAUCAUUCAGAUAUACAACAUUGUACAGAUUGUUUGCUCGGCAGUGCUCUUUUAUGGGAUACUGACAUCUGGUUGGACAACUCGACUUAGUCUUGGCUGUGAACCAGUGGAAAUUUCUUACGAUCCAGAGUCGAUGAGGAUGGUAUCCCUGAUGUGGUGGACAGUUAUCGUUAAAUUUAUCGAAUUAAUUGAAACGGUAAUUUUUGUACUGAGAAAGAAACAUAAUCAAGUAUCAUUCCUCCAUCUCUAUCACCACGUAUCUACCGUAAUUCUUGCUUGGUUGGGAGCAAAAUUUAUGCCAGGAGGAAUGGCAUCAUUUCCAGUCAUGAUAAACUUCUUGGUACAUGUUUUUAUGUACACAUACUACUUUCUAACAUCACUGGGACUGAAAUGGCAGAAGCGAACUGCCAGAUUCAAGAAAUAUAUUACAGUCAUCCAACUGACUCAGUUCAUCAUAAUGGCUGUCCAUGCACUGCAAGCAUUUCAUCCAAAGUGUAAUGUCCAUGCUUCUAUGUAUUAUGGACACAUUCCAAACAUUUUCAUAGUAUACUACCUAUUCUACAAUUUCUACAAAAAAUCAUACACAUCCAAUCACAUAAAAAUUGAAAAGUAAGAAAACAUUAUGUAAAUACUCAGUCAUUAAUGGCAAUCUCACUAUAUCCUCAAUAAAAUAUCUGCAAUUUAUCAGUAUCUUCUGCAAUAAUUUAUGGUGUAACUAAUAUAAUGUAAUGUUGAACACAAACUACAACAAAUAAAACUUAGAAUAAUUUAGUAGUUUA